AUGUCUACCCUCACUAUGCCUUUCCCCAACCCUCACACUGGAUUCCACCGCGAGUUUGCCUGGCAGGAGCCUCGCCCUUCCGAGCCCAUGCACCGACCCCGCCAUGAACCAGAGAAGGUUGCGUUGCCAUCAAUUCGCCAGGCUAUUCCAGAGCUCCAUUUACGCAUUCAACAAGAUGGUGCUACCCGGACACCAUCCGUCACUUCGCCGAUCUCUGGGCCGAGUCAGGUCAUGACUCCUCCAGAGUACGUUCACUCACCGAAUCAAAACAAGAGGCGCCGCCUGUCAUUCGACGAUGAAAGAGACAGCGAGAGACCAAGCCAAAUUCCUCGUCUCUAUGCUAGUCCAUCACGGGCCUAUUCUCGACACCAAUCUCCUCCUCUGACACACCGACCAGCCCCGGAGCCUUGGAAUUCGUCAGGGAGGACAAGCCCAUAUAUGAAACACGGUACUCUGCCGUCAAUGGUAUCUCCGGGAGCUGCUGAAGUUAGAGAACGCAUGGAACCACGGCUCAGCCUACCAAGUCUUCCCCAGCUAGACUUUGAGCGCAAUGCCGAUCAAAUGCCUCGUAUGAGGAGCCUUUCUCGCGAUGACUACGUGCAAGAGCACACGAGGCCUCCAUUGGGUCACCCGACCGGGCCGCCAAUGGAAACUGCCACACCUAUUUAUCGUCAAGCCGGUUAUGACUACGCCUAUCACCACCCCACCCGAGUACAGUCGUUAUCAUUGGAGGACGAGAAACAGGAACUCAUGCGGCAAACCGGGCUGCAGAUGAAUCAAAUCUCCAACUGGUUCAUCAACGCUCGCCGCCGGCAAUUGCCCACGUUGAUCAACAACGCUACUGCUGAGUCUAAUGCUAUGGCUGGUCGCAGCAGCAACGGCAAAGUUCUUCCAUCAACUGAGAGAGUGGAUUUCGAACACGACAGCAAGCGCAGCAGCGUACCUCUGAGCGACGGAGACGGCAGCAACUUCGACGAUGUUGACAUGGACACGCUUUCUCGGCGCAGAUCCGCCAAUAUGAAGCGUGGCAGCGUUUGA